UCUACAGUGCAAAUUGGAGGUGUUAGAGAAAAUAUUUUUCACUAUCAGAAUGAAUUUCAACCUUGUUAGUUUGCUUGUGCUGCUGUGUACAAAUUUAAAGAAUUUUGCAAUAAGUCAGUCAUAUCGUGAAAUUUAUUGUGGAAAUAUAUUCAAAUUAGAAGGAAAUUGUCUUCUUUAUUGCAUUUUCGAGGUGUACAAUCACCAUGGAGAUGAACAUAUAACCUCACAAGUUCUUUUUCACUUCUUAACUGAAAAUGGUUAUACUGAGAAUUCUCCGAGAGCCAGUGAGGGUUAUCUGGAAGCUUGUCUCAGAUUCCGACAAGAUUCAUUGGAUUAUCGUUGCGGGCUUUUUCUUCCAAUUUAUGAUUGCAUUCGAGAUAUACUAUCACAGGAGGAUUUUGAACGAUUUAUACAAACGAUGAAUAUGAAAGUUGCUCUAAGUGAAGGACAAAAAAUAUCCCCUUGGAAUUGGAAGGUACUAUACGUCUUUGUGAUUAUUGCAUUAAAUUAUUUUAAAUGUUGGUUUAAAAGAGUUAUUGGUUUGUAA